GAAACAUGCUCCAUAUUCUUUCAUAUCUUCUUCUAUAUAAUAAACCAAGAAGAAGAAUAUACUUAUACAAUAUCUUCUUUUACUUAAAUGGGCUUGUACAAGUCGACCCAUUUGGUUCGGGUCGGGUUUAAUCUACCCGAUCCAAUAUGAUUAUCAUUGUUGUUUGCUUUGCCAAUCGUUUGUUAUCUCAUGGCGAGACUCUUCGUCUCUAUCCCUAUGCAUCCUACACAAACGGCCUUAACGGCGUUUGCAUCGCCGUUAGUUCCGCCGCCGGCGAGAAAUAUACUAGGAGGGGCUGGGGGAUUAUGUAUUAACGGGAGAAACAGAGACUGUUCGGUCGUGACGCGAGCAGGGCCGAGUACGAGUAGCUACUUGCUCGCGUUCGCUAUUCCAGCUACUCUUAUCGCCGCCACCGUCUUUACUUCGAUAAAAAUCGUUGAUAAGCUUGACGAUGAUUUCCUUGAGGAUAUUGCGAUGAACCAAGCGAUAAAAGCAGCAGAAGAAGGAGGAGGAGAGAAUGGUGAAGGUGAAAUCUCGCUGGACGAUUUGAUUAAAGAACCUGUCCUUCAACGAACACGUAAACGUCCUAAGCGUGAAGUUUAGCCAACACACACACACACUGAUACACAUAAAGCUUCUUCUUAGUGAGAUUCCCCUACGGUUCGAUGACUGUGUACUAAUAUAUUGUGUUUGUAUAAGGAUGUAAGCUUGUACUAGUAGCCUUCCGGGUCACAUUUAUAUUAGUUGUAGUUACUGAAAAUUCCUAAGUAUCACUUGAUCAUUUGUAUAAAAACAGGAUGAUGAAUCAGGUACCUCAUGACAUCCAAUCCACAGAGGUGAAACAUUUGACACAUAAGUUUU